AUGAAACUAGAAACUCGAGUGCAGAUCGGAACUAGGUGGAAAGGAUGGGGCACGUCGCUCGCAUGGCUGGGCAACUACAUCGGCGGGUUCCCCCAGGCGGCGAUGGACCCUCUGCUGGACCUCAUGUUCCUCCCCUCGGGCCUCAACCUCAAUAUAGUGCGAUUCAAUAUAGGCGGCGGCUCCGUCCCUCAAUACAGCCCUCAGCUAUACACUGAUUCUUCCAUGCGCUGGCGGGCCAUGCCGGGGUACUGGCCGGCGCAGGCAGCGGGGCUCAACUGGACAGCGGAUUCGAGGCAGCAGGCGGUGCUGCUGGGAGCCAAGGCCCGCGGGGUGAACGUGUUCGAGGCGUUUUCCAACAGCCCGCCCUGGUGGAUGACCGCGAGUAAAGACGUUUCAGGGGCAAAGAAGAAGUGGAGGACGAACCUGCUGCGAAGGUUCGAGGGGAAGUUUGCCAAAUACCUCGUAAAAGUCGUGGAAGGGUUUGCAAAAAACCCGGCGCUGGGGAAAAUCGAAUUCGAUACGCUGGAGCCGUUUAAUGAAGGGCUGGAGGGACAAUGGGUGGCCGGGAUGGAGCAGGAAGGAUGCAACUUCAACCCACCUGAGAUGAACCGAGUUCUUCUCAAGACUUGGCUGGCUCUGCGGAAAAGGAAGCUCAAGACAAAGCUGGUUGGGGUCGACAGCAACGCGGCUCUGACCAGCUUAGGGUUACCACUGGUCCUUAGGAAAACCCUCCUGCACAGGAUCAGCGUGCACGGUUACACUCUCCCGCCAGAAAAAUCUGGUGAGGCCCGGGAGUCGGCCAUUGGUGGUGCCAAGUAA